GUUUGAUGCAAACUUUCCAAGUGAGACUGCAUUAGAUUUCAACAAUUUCUGCCAUCAUAUUUGUCGCACGACGUUUUAUAAGUAAUAAAGAUACACAGCCAUUAACAUGGGUUCCAACACUUGGAGACUAUUGCUUACCUUCACGGCAUUUAUGUCGUGCGAAGCUAUAGAUGAAGUGCAAUGUCCAAGCAGUGAUUACGGUGUUUAUAAAGGAAAAUGCUAUAUUGUUGGCACAAUUAGCGGUAUCUGGAGCACAACAAAGGCAAAAUGUGCACAAUUCGGUCUGUCACCUGUAGGUAUUAGAACCACUGAAGAUCUGGUGUAUUUCAGCAAAGUAGCUACGAAUAUGCGCUCAGCCUAUAUAUGGGUCGGAGCCACAGAUGUCCAAAACGAAGGAAAAUUUGUCUGGGAGGAUACUCGUGAACCAGUUUCUGCGGACUUUUUACAGAGCAUACCAUUUGUUUCAAAUAGUGAUGAAGAGGACUGCUUGGUGUACAAUAUUAGAUAUGGGUAUAUGUCUGCAUGGGAUUGUGAGGGACGGAUUGCUUUCGGUAUCUGCAUGGGAGAGCUCAGUCUUAAAGACACUGCAACCCCAUCUCAACCAAUCAUUACCCCCGAACCAUGCAUUGAGAAAGCUGACAUUGCUUUUCUUUUGGACGCUUCUACCAGUAUCGGGGCAGAGAAUUGGAAAUACCAAACACAGAUAGCCGCCAACAUAACCAGGUAUUUUGACGUUGGCUCUGAUAAGGUCCGGUUCGCUGCGAUCAUCUUUAAUCGUAUACCGACCCUCCAGUUUGAUCUCAAAGAUCGUUUGGAUCAUGAUUCUUUGUCACAGGCUUUACUUGCAACAGCAUACCCAGGUGUAUACGGAACCAAGACCUACCUAGCUCUGCAGGACAUCACCAACAAAAACAUGUUUGGUGCUGAGGCUGGUGGUAGAGACGACGCCCCAGAUAAUGUAAUCGUCAUGACAGACGGACAAUCUGACGAAACAGAAAAAACAUUGGGGGCAGCAGCUAAGCUAAAAGAGGCAGGAGUAAAUAUCGUAACUGUGGAGAUAGGCACUAAUCCAUCACAAGAAGAGUUGCAAAAGCUUGCCAGUGGUCAGCAAAACGCGUUAAAAGCUGGCAGCAGUGACUUCCAAACAAAAAUAGUGAAGUCACUGAUUAAGAAAACUUGUUAGACUAUCGAGAUGGCUUAUAAGAGGUGUUUUAAGGAUUCAGCAGAGCAUAACAAAUUAUAAAAAAAGUAAAGUUGCAUUGCUUUUUAAUGGCAUGCACUAUUAUUUGUAUCACGAUUCUACUUUUAAUAACUCUUUAGAUCUGUAUUUCAAAAACGGGGAAAAGAAACAGGGUAAAAAAAAUCUGACAAUAAUUGUUUCUUUAAAAUGUAUUCAUAAAAAAAGCAUGUUCACUCACAUUGACAUUGUGAUUUAUAAAUAAAUAAAAGAGCUAUAGCAAAUGA